AUGAAGAGGAGGUAUGGCAGCUGGAGAGAACUGGCCAAGGCCCUGGCCAGUAGGAACAUUCCAGCUGUGGAUCCAAAUCUCCAGUUCUACCAUCCCCAGAGGCUGGGCCUCAAGGACCAAGACUUUGAGCGAGGAGGGAGCAGUAACAGCAGCUACCUGAAGUGGAAUAAGCCUGUCCCCUGGCUCUCAGAGUUCCGGGGCCACGUCAACCUGCAUGUGUUUGAAGACUGGUGUGGCAGUUCCGUCCAGCAACUCAGGAGGAACCUCCACUUCCCACUGUACCCCCAUAUCCGCACAACCCUGAGGAAGCUGGCCGUGUCCCCCAAAUGGACCAACUAUGGCCUCCGCAUCUUUGGCUACCUGCACCCCUUCACCGAUGGGAAAAUCCAGUUUGCCAUUGCUGCAGAUGACAACGCUGAAUUCUGGCUGAGCCGUGACGACCAGGUCUCAGGCCUUCAGCUGCUGGCCAGCGUGGGCAAGACUGGAAAAGAGUGGACUGCCCCUGGAGAGUUUGGGAAAUUUUGGAGUCAAAUUUCCAAGCCAGUGAGCCUGUCGGCCUCCCAAAGGUACUACUUUGAGGUGCUGCACAAGCAGAACGACGAGGGCACUGAUCACGUGGAAGUCGCGUGGCGGCGGAAUGACCCUGGAGCCAAGUUCACCCUCAUCGACUCCCCUUCCCUGUCCCUCUUCACAAAUGAGACGCUGCUAAGGAUGGAUGAGGUGGGCCACAUCCCACAGACAGCAGCCAGCCAUGUAGGCUCCUCAGACUCUCUUCCCAGAGAUGAGCAGCCCCCCGCUGACAUGCUGCGGCCUGACCCUCGGGACACCCUCUAUCGAGUGCCUCUGAUCCCCAAGUCUCAUCUCCGCCACAUCCUGCCUGAUUGUCCCUACAAACCCAGCUACCUGGUGGAUGGGCUCCCUCUGCAGCGCUACCAGGGACUCCGGUUUGUUCAUCUAUCCUUCGUUUACCCCAAUGACUAUACUCGCCUGAGCCACAUGGAGACCCAUAAUAAAUGCUUCUACCAGGAAAACACGUACUACCAGGACAGGUUCAGCUUUCAGGAGUACAUCAAGCUUGACCAGCCUGAGAAGCAGGGACCGGAGCAGCCAGGUUUUGAGGAAGCCUUUCUAGAAGAAUCUCAGUAUGGAGAAGCGGCAGAGGAGACCCCUGCCUCCAAUGACCAGAACGCCAGGAUGCCAGAGGGAAAACCAGUGCCUGCCUCCACCCCUGAGCGGGAGGCCACUGACUACCACCUCCAAAGCCUGCGGAAACUCCUGGCUCAGCCCUGGGAGGGUCCGCUGGCACCCUUUUCCAAGCAGAACUCCACAGCUCCCUUCCCAGUGAGGAUCAGCGACAUCCCCAUCCAACCACCAGAGAAGAGAGAAAGAAAACCCAUCCCUGAGCCCAGCCAAGAUCCACCUCAUUCUGACAAGUGGCCCCCUGGGCACCUGGCAGGGAACCUGCCUCAAGUUAAGCGUCCCAGGCCCGCUGAUGACAGCCCCAGGAAAACUCUAGGGCAGUCCCAAUGGCUGAAUCAAGUUGAGUCGUAUAUUGCAGAGCAGAGAAGGGGUGACAGGAUGGAGCCUCUGGCCCCCAGGAGGGGUUGGCAUGGGGAGGAGGAGGUGGUAGCAGCUGCAGGCCAGGAAGGACAAGUGGAAGGAGAGGAAGAGGCAGAGGAAGAGGAUGUGGGUGAGGUGUUUGAAUAUGUGCCCGUGUUUGACCCAGUGGUAAACUGGGACCAGACCUUCAGUGCCCAGAACCUCGACUUCCAAGCCCUGCGGACUGACUGGAUUGAUCUGAACUGCAACACGUCUGGCAACCUGCUGCUUCCAGAGCAGGAGGCUCUCGAGGUCACACGGGUCUUCUUGAAGAAGCUCAGCCAGAGGAGCCGGGGGAGGUAUCAGCUACAGCGCGUUGUGAACGUGGAGAAGCGUCAGGACCAGCUACGUGGGGGGCGCUACCUCCUGGAGCUUGAGCUGCUGGACCAAGGCCAGCGCCUGGUGAGACUCUCUGAGUACGUGUCUACGCGAGGCUGGCAGGGCAUCGAUCCAGCAGGCAGGGAAGAGCCCGAGUCCCGGAACCUGCAGGGCCUGGUUUGGAGUCCACACAACCACCGGGGACAGGUCCUGAAUGUCCGCGCCCCAGAGCCCAAGCUUUGCUGGCCCCAGGGCUUCUCCUGGAAUCACCGAGCCGUGGUCCACUUCAUCGUGCCUGUAAAGAACCAGGCGCGCUGGGUACAGCAAUUCAUCAGAGACAUGGAAAAGCUGUUCCGGGUCACUGGUGACCCACAUUUCAACAUCAUCAUCACUGACUAUAGCAGUGAGGACAUGGAUGUCGAGAUGGCCCUGAAGAGGUCCAGGCUGCGGAGCUACCAGUACAAGAAGCUAAGUGGAAACUUCGAGCGCUCGGCUGGACUUCAGGCUGGCAUAGACCUGGUGAAGGACCCGCACAGCAUCAUCUUCCUCUGUGACCUCCAUAUCCACUUCCCAGCUGGCGUCAUCGAUACCAUCCGGAAGCACUGUGUGGAGGGCAAGAUGGCCUUUGCCCCCAUGGUGAUGAGGCUGCAUUGCGGGGCCACCCCCCAGUGGCCUGAGGGCUACUGGGAGGUAAAUGGAUUUGGACUGCUCGGCAUCUACAAAUCAGACCUGGACAGGAUUGGGGGCAUGAACACCAGGGAGUUCCGAGACCGCUGGGGCGGGGAAGACUGGGAGCUGCUGGACAGGAUCCUCCAAGCGGGCCUGGAAGUGGAACGUCUCUCCCUCAGGAAUUUCUUCCAUCACUUCCAUUCCAAGCGAGGCAUGUGGAACCGCCGCCAGAUGAAGGUGCCGUAAUCCCGAGGCGUGGCCCGCUGGACCGACGGCUCCCUGCUCCUUGACUUGAGGUUGCUCCCCCAGUGCCCUGUCGCUGCUGGAGGAGGAGAGAGAAGGGGAGCAGAAGCCAUGGCUGGGCCCUGAGAGGGCUCAGAGCUAAUAAUACCCCCACUCUACCGGGAGUCACCUCACACGGAGACAGAUGCCGAGGCCCCU